GCCGCCUAUCAUGUCUCUGCCAAGCCGGGCGCCAGUCCUCAACCCAGUGCCUUGCGUAUGCUUGGUGACGACUCAGCUUGAGCGAGGCUUUGAACAUGGCGAUGUCAACGCUCCAAGAGUAGAAACCACUUUGGUAUCCUCUCCGAUAUAAAGCUACAGACCUCAGGUGUCCAUAGGAUCAUCAGUAGCUCAUUCACUUCUUCACAACAGUCCAUUCACUUCUCUUCCUCAGCCUAUUUUUCAAUAUGAAGUUCAUUUCCGCUCUUGCAGGAGCUGCUCUCCUCGCUCAGCAGUCCACUGCUCACCCUGGCGACAGCCCCGAGGAGCAUGCUCGUGAGAUCGCUCAGCGUGCUGCAUACCUGAGCACCCACAAGCGCUCACUCGCUCACUGUGCCGACACACUCAAGGCUCGCGGCAAUGACCUUGCCAUGGCUCAUCGCCGCAGCCUCGAGGUCAAGAAGUUGCGUGCUAAGCGUGCUAUCGACCAGGAGAAGAACUACCUCCGUGCCCGUGAUCUGGACACCGUCCUCGCCACUUCUCACGCCUCCAACCUGACCGGCAUCACUGCCGACACCGACCCCUCCGUCCUCUUUACCGGCAACAACUCCUGCAUCCUCACUCCUGAGGUCACCCAGGGUCCUUACUGGGUCCAGGGCGAGCUGAUCCGCGAAGACAUCACCGAGGACCAAGAGGGUGUACCUCUUCACCUCGACAUCCAGGUCAUCGACGUCAACACUUGCGAGCCUGUCCCCUCGGUCUACCUCGAGCUGUGGCACUGCAACUCUACCGGUGUCUACUCCGGUGUCAUCGCCAGCGGCAACGGUGACAGCAGCGAUGAGUCGAACCUCGACAAUACCUUCCUCCGUGGUAUCAACCAGGCUGAUGAGAAUGGUGUUGUGCAGUUCGAUACUCUGUUCCCUGGGCACUACACCAGCCGUGCGACCCACAUCCACGUCAUGACUCACACUCUCGAUGCGACUGUUAACGACAACAACACCCUGACCGGUGCUUCGGUUACCCACGUUGGCCAGAUGUUCUUCGACCAGGACCUCAUUGAGACUGUUGAUACUGUUGAGCCAUACGCCAGCAAUACCCAGGUCAUCACCGAGAACGCUAACGACUCCAUCCUCAGUGAGGAGGCUGGCGAUGUCGACCCCAUGGUCGAGUACGUCCUCCUCGGUGACGAUGUCUCUGAGGGUAUCUUCGGAUGGUUGGCUUUCGGCAUGGACUCCAGCGCUUCUUACAACGUCACUCCUGCUGCAAACCUCUAUGCUGAGGGCGGUGUCGCCAACGAGAACUCCCAGAUGGGCGGUGGUGGUGGCUCUCCUCCUGGUGGCAACGGCACUGACGGUGCUCCCACUGGCGCUAUUCCCUCUGGUGCCAUCCCCUCCAGCGCCAAUGACCUCGCUGUUGGAUCCACCUUGACCACCCUCGUUUCCUCGUCCGCUGUCGCAUCGUCUUCUGCCGUCAUCUCUUCCUCCGUGUCCAGCGCUGCUGCUUCCGUCGCCCCCGCAGCUACCCCCUCCAAGGCUCCUCAGGCUGGUAAGGAUCAGGGCCAGAACAAUGGCAAGGGUCAGCAACAGCAGGCUCAGCAGCAACAGCAGCAGGCUCAGAAGCAGGACAACGGUCCUCACCACAACUGAGCUGCCAGUAGGCGCACGUAGAUUGUAUGAGCACUGCGCAGCGGUUAGCGAAUUUCAUAGCGAAGGAGCAUUUUUUAGGACCAACUUUACACACUCGUUAGGCAAUCUAGUAUUUACCUGUACAUUGUACCCAAAUGCAAGC